AUGGCUAGUCAGAGUACCGACGAGAUAUGCCCGGUCAAGCUGGCUCCGCCUGGUGACGGGGAGUCAGCGCCCGCGGUCCCAUCGACUUCCUCCCUGGGCCCAAAUUUGGAUUCCAGGGAGAUUUUCGAGAAGCAGGAGGACCCAGCUGUGAGCCGAGAUCCAGAUCCCCAAGACAACACACAGCCAGAGGCCCCAAACCUGGGUGCCGCCAAUGUGGGUCAAAACAUUCUCGGGCUUUCCUUUCCGAGAAAGCUCUGGAGCACCGUGGAGGACAACGCCUUCACGUCCGUGCGCUGGGAUGACGACGGCGACACCGUGAUCAUCGAUGAAGACCUUUUCCAGAGGGAGGUUCUUCACCGGAGGGGCCCAGAGAGAAUCUUCGAAACUGACAGCUUGAAGGGGUUCAUCCGCCUAAUAAACCUGUACGGGUUCAGCAAAAUACGCCCAGACAGCCCUUCGGUUCGCGCCCCGGGGAACGAGAGGAUGAUGGCUGGGCAUCCUGGCCCAGGACCGGUUCUGGCCCCCGUGGGUCCUCUUUUCUUGGAAGCGGCAGCAUUCUCGCCCACUCGGCCGAGGAGCUGGCUAGGGAGGGUGGAGGCAGGCCCAGGAAGACCUGGUCGCCUGAGCCUCGCCUGCCCGUCAGGAGAGACAACAGCCUCACUCCUGACCUUGGCGCUGUCCCCCUUUCCAGCACUCACGAAGCUUGAGACAGGAGGGGCCUUCCUCGUGGGUCCCCUUGUGAUGCCAGGGCGAGUUUCUGAUCAGCAGCUGAGCACUCCUAGCGCGGGGGCCAGGGGCCUUUCAAAGAGGCCCACCGAAAAGCAGGGACGGAGGACGCCUUUAGUCGAGCUCAGAAGACACAGGCCAUUCCACUCGAUGGCGGGUGCUGUAUUGAGGAUCCUUUCCUUGCACACGAAGCAGCCGUGCCACGUGUGUAACACGCACCCUUCAUGGGCCGAGGGACGCUUUUACGACAGAGCAAGAGUCAUCUGCGAGGACGGAUGGGUGCUCUGUUUCUCAGGCGGAUGUCCCCGUCACCCUCAGAGUCCUCGAGCCCGUCGAGGAGCCCAGACGGGCAGCUCCCAAGGAAAGUCCCGCCGGCCCGUCCCCCGCACGGGAGCGGAGAAAUCCGUGCCCACGAACAGCACGCAGCGGCAGCGCUCUCCGCGGCAGGCCGAACUGCAUCUCCCUACAGUUCCUGGGGCCUCCCCUGGCCUGCGGGAACACGGAACCACGAACGUCAAUGAGCAUCAUGCCCCGCGCUCCCAGCUCAUGACCCGCGGGCAAGGCCUCUCCCCAGUGUCCCCCGGGUUGCCCUGA